AUGCCUUCCUGGAACGACGAGGAAACCAGCUCGGAGGAGGAGUGCGAGGUUGUCAGCAUGGACAUGGGACUUAUGGAGGAACCAGACACCACUGUGGAGCCCCUUUUCUGUGGCCAACUUGAGCUUGCUCAUCCCAAGUGCAUUCUGCACCAACUGAGGCCUAUUAAGCGUGUUGCUUUUGAAGGGCCUGUAACAGGAAGGCGUUUCUAUGGCUGCCCAGUCCAGGAAAAUGGUGUGAAUUGUGGUGUUGUAGAGUGGGUUGAUGGGCCUUGGCCAACUGUUCUUCAGAGAUGUUUGUGCAAACUAUGGGAGAUGUUCCAUGAGCAGAACUUUGGAAGGGUACAGGACAAGGAGAAGUUUGAGAAGGAGUUGGCCAGGCUUAAGAGUGAACAUGAAAGGGAGUUGGCCAAGCUUAGGACUGAAAUGACAAGCUUUGAUGGUAGGGUGGACAAGAAGGUGUACCAGAAACAAGUGGAGGAGGAAGAACUUGAGAAGAAGAAGAAGGAGCUAGAGGAGAAAGCUAUGUUGGAGGUGCAGAUGGAAAAGCUCAAACUUGCAAAAGAGCAGAGGUGCAUUUUGCAGAGCCAAGCUGAUAUCAUCAAGAACACCAGGAAGGCUAUGAAGGCUGUUGAAGUUGACAGAGAUGUUCUUAAGAAGGAGAAGGCAAAGCUUGAGCUUGUUGUUGCUGAGCUGCUGAAAGAAGGGUAA